AAAAAAUUUACUGACAGAAAAUGCUCGUAUCUUCGUUCUCCGACCCGACUAAAACAGAAGAUGAUCAUAUUUAGUCUCUUUUCCAUCUCCGAUUCUUUGCAUUCGUAUUUAUGCAGCCAUUUACUCAUUCCAUCUCUGCUACCUCACAUUGCAAGCCUUUAGCCUAAUGUGAGUACCUUCAACGCAACAUAAACAAAAGUAACAAGUGUAAACCAUCUGAAAAUCCAUGUGUUACUAAGAAUCAAAAUUUACAGAUGACCCUUUGCUGAAAAUCUCUAUUUUAUUUUGUGUAUACUCCAGCACCAUGAGUACAACUUUGGGACAUCCAUGUGGGCCUGGAAUAAAAUAUUGUUCUUUUUCUCCUUUCUUAACAUCCACCUGCAAGCCAACUUCAAUAUUUGCAGUACCUUGUUUAGUAGGGCAGAAAUAUUUUUGUUCAAGGCUUCGCAAAUGCGUAAUCACGGCAAAGUCUUACAGCAACAAUGGAGCUUUUUCGAGUAAUGGAGUUUCUGAUAGGCAAAAGGCUUUAGAGGCAGCAAUGAAUGAUAUAAAUAGCUCUUUUGGCAAGGGAAGUGUUACAAGAUUGGGAAGUGCAGGUGGAGCUCUUGUGGAGACAUUUCCGAGUGGAUGCCUUACAUUGGAUCUCGCUUUGAGUGGCGGCCUACCUAAAGGGCGAGUUGUGGAGAUAUACGGUCCAGAGAGCAGUGGAAAGACUACAAUAGCUCUACAUGCAAUAGCUGAAGUACAGAAAUUAGGUGGCAAUGCCAUGCUGGUCGAUGCUGAGCAUGCGUUUGAUCCAUGCUAUUCAAAGGCAUUGGGGGUGGACAUUGAAAGUCUAAUUGUUUGCCAGCCAGACAGUGGAGAGAUGGCUUUAGAAAGUAAAUCUCAUUCCAUCGUCCAUGCUAUAAAAACUGCUGAUCGAAUGUGCAGAUCAGGAGCUGUAGAUCUUAUUUGCAUUGAUUCUGUUUCUGCUUUGACCCCUAGAGCUGAAAUUGAAGGUGAGAUAGGAAUGCAACAAAUAGGCCUACAAGCACGCCUUAUGAGCCAAGCACUGCGUAAAAUGUCAGGGAAUGCUGCUAAAGCUGGCUGUACUCUCAUAUUUCUUAAUCAAAUUCGGUACAAGAUUGGUGUUUUCUACGGGAGUCCUGAAGUUACUAGUGGGGGAAUAGCUUUGAAAUUCUUUGCAUCCGUCCGUUUAGAGAUUCGAUCAACUGGCAAAAUAAAGUCUCCGAAAGGAGAUGAAGAUAUUGGGAUUAAAGCACGUGUAAGAGUGCAGAAAAGCAAGGUUUCAAGGCCCUAUAAACAAGCAGAGUUCGAUAUCAUCUUUGGUGAAGGUGUACAUCAGCUGGGUUGCAUUUUGGAUUGUUCAGAGAUGCUAGACAUCGUUUCUAAAAAGGGUUCUUGGUACAAUUAUGGGGAUUUAAGGUUAGCCCAGGGGCGAGAGAAAGCAUUGCAGUAUCUUCGGGAUAAUCCUCUUGUCUGUGAUGAGAUAGAAAAGGCGGUACGUGUGCGAAUGAUGGAAGAGUUGUCUAGUGGAAAAGACACACUCCAUGGAAUAAACUCAUCUUUACUUGAUGGAUAUGAGCAAAGUAGUGACGAAGAUAACAAAUUUACUGAAGCAAUAUAACUGUAACAUAUGCAUGCACUUAUAUUAAUCAAGAUCAUUCUUAUGUUCAGAGUGCACUUUGAAAAGAUCAUCUCAAUGAUUUAAUCAUUUUUAUGGUGAGUUUGCAUUUGGAAUAUCAUAUGACGCGCUAAAAUUAAUUAUAUAUUUAUUGUAGAGAUUAUACUUCUCUAAUCCAUGAGCAGUGAUUACAUGAAAGGGCAGUGUCACAAGCAUAAUUUGGAGCUACAGUAAUAUGCAAGGGCCAUGCACAUGUAAUGCUGAGAGGGAUGGGACUGAUUUUUCAAUAUUUUUAAGAUCGUAUUCUACCAAAGCACCAUCAAAAAAUACAUAUAUGAUAAAUUUUAAUGAAUUAUUUUGUUAUACAAUUCACAAAUUCGAUUUUUA